CAAUUGAACUCGUGUCAAAUGGCUGCAGCACUGGACUACCGGAAACAUAAAGUUUUGUUUAUCUUCUUGUUCUGCUUCCCCGUGCUCUUCAUCAUCUACAGCCUUUUUCUUCAGCUAGAUGCCGAUAAAGUUGAAUUUGGAAUCAAGAUGAACGACAAUCUGCCAAAUACGGAAAGCAGUCGGGACAAGGGCAUUCCAGCGUUGAAAACGAUUCUCUACUGGAACCAUUUUUUUGGUAUCGAGAAUUUCACGUUCGGUUUCGGUCAUCAACCGUUUAUCGACGCUCAAUGUCCAACACACACUUGCACCGUUACUAACGACCGGAUGCUGUUUAAUCGCAGCGAUGUCGUCAUCUUCUCUGUCCAAAACAUGAACCUGUCCGACCUACCUGAUAUUCGGUUCGCCCAUCAACGUUUUGUGUUCUACGAAAUGGAAUCGCCAGCCAACACCGACCCACAGCCGUUGCUGCACGAGCGCAUUCGAUUCGGAUUUUUCAACUGGACGAUGACGUAUCGAUUGGAUUCGGAUAUUGUUAAUCGCGACUCGUACGGCGUUAUUGUUCCGCGGAAGCUCACCUUGCCUUCGAUGUUUCCGAUUGCGCGCCGUAGUGACCCGACAGCAACCGAAAGGAAAUCCAUCGGCGGCAACAAGAAGAAAUUGUUGGCUUGGUUCGUAUCCAACUGCGUAACGCCCAGCCAACGUGAAAUGUACGUUGAGGAACUGAGCCGGUACGUGCCGAUAGACAUUUACGGAAAGUGCGGCAAUUUGACGUGCACCGAUCGCAGCGAUUGUCGUGAAAUGCUCCGCACUGACUACAAGUUUUACGUCGGAUUCGAAAACUCUUUGUGCACGGAUUACGUGACGGAGAAAUUGACCGCCGGUUUCCUUUACGACACGGUGCCCAUCGUCAUGGGUGGCGUGGAUUAUACGCAGUUCGCACCGCCCCAUUCUUUCAUCGACGUCAAAGACUUUGAUUCGCCCAAAGAGCUUGCCAAAUAUCUUCUAUUGUUGAACGAAACCGAUUCGCUGUACGAUCGCUAUUUUGACUGGAAACCGAAUUUUGAUGUACAUCUGGAUACCAAGCAAGGAUGGUGUCACCUGUGCAAAUUGGCCAACGACGAACGACUACCGUUUACAACGUACCAAGACAUUCUGCAAUGGUGGGUCGAUGAUCCUGAAAGCUGCAAUCUACCAGUGGGAAAUACGCCCAUUCCGAGAAUGAAGUAAACAAACGCCUUUUCUUCUGAAUUUCAACGCAUUCCGGUAUGGCCUUUUAAUAUUUUUAAAAUCCGUCUCGGCACCAUGUUUCCCUCUUCAACUCGCCAUUUUAAAUUGUAAGGAAAGAUAUUCCUCUGGGUAUCUUUUCUUAAACAUUUUCAAUGGGAUUGGGCGUUUCACUGACGCGGGUCAUUGCAACUUCAUUCAGGGUGUUGUUCAUUUUAAAUGCAUUUCGCGCAUGUUUUUCUAUCGCCAAAAUGGCGAAAAUGUUGAAUUCUUUCACCGCUGAGUGAUUUGCUUAAUUGUAAAUUUACUAAUUGAUUCUCUUUUAUUCAUUUUGUUCUUAUUAAAAAUAAGAUAUCAUUUGCGAAUGUCUGCAUUACAAAGUUAGGAAGCUCAUGCGUACUUUCAAAACUGUGCCUUUUUUUCAUUACGUCAUACGAUGCGCUCUAUUCUCAGAAUGAGUUCUAAAUGAGUACAUGAAAAAGUUUGGUAAAAUGCCCAUUCCUCCGGAUGUAAUAUUCGUCCCCCCCCCCCACACACACGUACACGAGUAUCCAUUUGGCAAACUUUCUGUCUUUUCAAAAUUGAUUCCAUUCGUGCCAAAGCAUCAGACACCCAAACGAGGCGGAUAGAUGGAAAGUUUAGUAAAUAGAAGCCCUAAAUUGUGUUUGUCAACGUCGACGAA